UAAAUUCGGUUAGUUUUGUUUCGCAUCUGGCGCGGAUCAGCCAUGUCGGGCGCAGGGGAGAGUGAUGCACCGUCCAAAGUGGACCUGGACACAAUCCUGGUGGAGGAGAUAGGCCAGUUCGGCAGGUUCCAGCUGCGAACCCUGUGCCUGACCAUGAUAGCCGUGGUCUUCUCUGCGUUCCAUGCUGAAUAUGUCUUCACUACUGCAAGGAUUAAUACUAGAUGCUUGAUCCCAGAGUGCGAAGACCAGUCCACAGCAGUGUAUUCUCCAGAUUGGGUCCUCAAUGCCGUCCCCGCGACCACCUCCGGCUUUGACAACUGCAACCGCUACAGCAACCGCACCACGUACGUGAACACCACGGACUCCUGCCCUGCGAACCUCUUCGACACCAACACGGUGAUCUCCUGCAGACAGUACGUCUACGAGAAUCAGCUGACUGUUGUUUAUGAUUACGACCUCGCGUGCGAUGAGUGGCGACGCACACUCAUCGGUUUUGUCCGUACCUUUGGAACCCUGGCUGCACUCCCCAUCACCGGCUACAUCUCGGACCGAUGGGGCCGCCGAUUCGCGCUGGCUCUCAACGCCUUCAACACCUCCUGGGUGGGAUUGGCUCGUUACUGGGCCGGCACCUACCUUGGGUUCACGAUCUCGCAGUUCGUCGAGGCGAUGCUCGGCGGUGGAGUGUUUUCCUGCACUUUUAUUUUGGUUCAAGAGCUGGUGGGCCCGAAGUACCGCACCAUCGCUGGCGCGAUUCUUACCACAGGCUUUGCCGUUGGACAAGUCUUCAUGGGUUUCAUCGCGUGGGGUGUACCUGCAUGGCGACCCCUUACUCUAGUCUUGUACAUACCUCAGCUCAUCACUAUCAUUUACUUCUGGCUCGUCCCGGAGUCCGUCCGCUGGUUGAUGAGCAAAGGGCGCUACGCCGAAUCUGAAGCUAUACUCAAAAAUGUCGCAAGAAUAAAUGGUAAAGUACUAUCAGACAAGUCCUUAGAAGCCUUGCGCCACACUGCUGAAGAGGAGAAGAAGAGGCAAGAGGCAGAGAAGGAGAUAAAAAAGAACGAGCCAUGGCUGAUUGUGCUGGUAUUCCGCCACAAAAGGAUCUUGCUUCGGUGUAUGGUGUCACCAGUUUGGUGGGUCACCACGACCCUCGUGUACUACGGUUUGACGAUCAACGCGGUAAACAUGUCUGGAAACCAGUACAUAAACUACGUGGCGGUGGCGGCGGCGGAGAUCCCAGGAUUCUGGCUUGCGGUGCUGCUCAUCGGCAGGAUAGGGAGGAAGCCCGUGCUCAUCGGCGGCUAUUGGAUGUGCGCUGCGUGUCAAAUCGGUUAUAUUUUUAUGCCUGACGGCAUGUACGCGGUGUCGCUGACAGUGUACGUGAUCGGCAAGAUCGCGAUCGCCACGGUGGUGACGUCCAUCUACAUGUACACGACGGAGAUCUACCCUACGCGCUACCGCCACAACCUGUUCGCCUUCUCCUCCAUGAUCGGCAGGAUAGGUUCCAUCGUUGCUCCGCUCACGCCUGCUAUUGGGGCGAGCACAAUUGAAGAGUUGCCUUUCAUACUGUUCGCCGGUUUCGCUCUUGUGUCCGGGGCGCUCGUAUUCCUUACGCCUGAGACCAUGGGCACGAAGCUGCCUGAUACUAUGGAAGAAGCCUCGGCCAUCGGCCUCGAGAAGAAAUUAGCCUCGAAUACACAUUAGUAUAAGUAUAUUUUAUAGGAAUUAUGUUUACAAAUGCCCAUUAGUGACGAAGGGCGAAAUUGUUCGGAAGGGAAACUGAAGCAACAAUUUUUCUACCAUAGUUCACAUAUCACAUGGUCUUGAAGGUAUAUAUCAGUUUAGCAGAAAACAAAACUAGAAACAGAUCAUUCAUAAAAUAUGUUCCUAAAUCAGAAACUUUAACAAAAAAAUCAACCAUCAUUAAUAUAGUUAUUAUGCGUAAGUAAUGCCACACCAUACAUUCAUAGAAUCAAAGAAUAAUUCGUACGUGCCAACAACGAAUUAUAAUUAUAAUAAUAUAUUUAUUUGAAACCAGAACAACGCAAUGAGGUACUUAUUAAAAUUAUAAUCAAGAGAUAAAGAUACUUACAUUAGUUUAUCCUCAAAACAAAUUUGUACAUGUCCGCUAACUAAUACCUAAUUCGUAAAAGAGAGUAGCAGUUUAUUGUGCACCUACAUAAAUUACUUAAAUUAUCAAUAUAAUUAUCUAGCUUUUGCUCGCGUCUUUGCCUGCGUUUAAGAGUUUUCCAGGAUAAAAGUCCCGCUACAUACUUUCCCGGGACAGAAAGUAGCCUAUGUCCUUCUCAGGGUCUCAAUCUAUCUCCAUACCAAAUUUGAUCACAAUCAGUUGAGUAGUUUACGUGUUUAUCUCGGUUAAACCGGCAGGCAGACAGAAUAUUUUGAACAUACGCACCUAAAAGGGUUAAACAAUAAUAAAGAUGAGAACCCACACUUAGCACUUACACUAAUUAUACAUUCAAAAUUAUUACAAACAAAUUACGUCAAUUGCUGACAUGAAGCCGCAAAUUCUUUAGAUAUCCUAAAGUAUACAUACGAACAAGCACACUGCACAUAAUAUGUAUUUUCACGUCACUUCUAAAAGUUUGGACAGUCACCGCGCUGCGUGUGAAAGGUAUAACAAUAUCGCGAGGGAAGCUAUCGAAUUGUUAUGAACUGCCUAUAUCGUUGCAGUAUUGAUUUAAAUUAAUAAAUAUUAGAUUGUUUGAAUAUACUAUUAUUAUUAUUUUAGUUAUAUUAUUAUGUUAUCUUUUUAUUAUUUUAAAUUAAUUUGCGGUAGGAUUUUGCUUAUAUGGCCGCCUUGCCACUGAUGCCCACGUGGCUUUUAAUUGAGGAAAAUAUUAAAUAUAAAUUAAUAAAACUAUA